AUGAGCGGGAAAGCUUUAGACCCGAAGAGUUUCACAAAACUCUACCUCAACGGCCAGUACGUAUCUGCUCAGUCCACAGAUACGUACACUCUCAAGAAUCCAAAGGAUAAUUCGGUCGUCACAUCAGAAGUUCCCAUCGCUGGGGCAGAAGAUGUCGACGCCGCAGUUAAAUUUGCCGAGGAUGCUUUCAGGGGGCCUUGGAGCAAGUUUACCGCCAUCCAGAGAACCGAGUGCAUGCUGAAGCUCGUAUCAAUCCUCGACGAGGAGCUCGCUCCGAUUCUCACUUUGGAUUCCCUCACCUCUGGAAUCCCGGUUUCUCUGGCUCCAGUUCGUGAGACCAACUACAUCAGGAACUGUCUCAUCUACUAUGCUGGGUGGACAGACAAGCAAAAGGGCGACUACUUCCCCGCUGAUGAUGGAUUUGUAAAAUUCGUUCGCCAUGAGCCGUUGGGAGUCUGUGCAGCGGUUAAUCCAUUCAAUGCGCCCAUAGCAACCUUCUUUCUGAAGAGCGCUCCAGCACUGGCAACAGGCAACGUCAUCAUCAUCAAACCUAGCGAAAAAACACCCCUAGGUUCUUUAGCUGUUGCGAGCCUUUUUGAAAAGGCCGGGUUCCCUCCAGGUGUGGUACAAGUCAUCACCGGCCCAGGCUCGACUGGUGCACUCCUAGCUGAGCACAUGAAAAUCCGCAAGAUUAGCUUCACUGGCUCUGUAAGUACAGGGCGAAAAAUCCAAGAGAUGGCUGCGAGAAGCAAUCUAAAGCGGGUUACCUUGGAGCUUGGCGGUAAGAGUCCAGCGGUAGUAUUCGAUGACGCAAAUCUGGAUAACGCCGUCACCUGGACUGUGAAUGGAAUCAUAACACGAAGUGGGCAGCUUUGUGUUGCUGCAUCAAGGGUCUACAUUCAAGAGGGAAUUGCUGAAAGGUUCAUCAAGCUCUAUGUGGAGAAGAUGAAGGCUGCGGCGGAUGACCUAGGCGAUCCCCAGGACCCUUCAGUCAAGCUUGGUCCGCUAGUUGAUGAAGGCCAUCUCGAACGCGUUCGCGCAAUAGUAGAGCGAGGUAUAUCGGAGUCCGAGUCUGAGUUGCUCGUUGGGGGUGCGAGGCAUGGGGAGAGCGGUUGCUUUAUGCAGCCCACCGUGUUCCUCAAUCCCAAGAACGAUGCUGAAGUCUAUAAAGAGGAAAUCUUUGGGCCGGUCAGCAUCAUCAAAACGUUCAAGGACGAGGAUGAGGUCGUCAGGCUGUCUAAUGACUCCGAAUUCGGACUUAUGGCUGGCAUUUUCACAAAGGAUAUUACCCGAGCCCUCCGUGUGUCGGCCAACAUUGAAUCUGGUGUGGUGGGAAUUAACUGCGUCAGUGUGCAAAACAUUCAAGUGCCAUUUGGAGGUAAGAAACAGAGUGGGAUCGGGAGAGAAUUUGGAGAGUAUGCUUUGAGGCUCUUUACGGAGCCAAAAACGGUGCUUAUCAACAUGAAUGCCUAG